UCGCUGUUUUCAAAAAAUCAACGGUUCGUCGUCGAGGGUGCGUCUUUUGCUUCUUCGCGGACAAUUUUUAUACAUCUUCCAUUUUUCAAACAACGCCGACGGUGUUCAGGAGUUCAAAAGUCUUGCCGUAGCCGACAGUCAGUGAGAGCAGCAAUCAACACAAUGACAUCCACCGAGCUUAAAAUUGGACUUAACAGCAGUGCUCGUCCCUCCAGCCGAGUGCUGAAGCCUCCAGGCGGCGGCCACACCAACAUCUUCUCGGAGCCCGAAGUGGCCGUGAACGCCCCACGUCCCAAGUACAACCAACAAAACUCCUCGAAUCUCAACGCCUGCAUGGGCUCCACCGAUGCGAACCAUGCUGUCGAGAAGCUGCGCGAGGAGGUGGUUGCCCACAAGGAGGAGGCCAAGUCGGCACCCGCCAGCCAGGCAAAGGAGCCGGCGAACAAGCCAGCGGCCACGAACGGAGAGUCACGUGGUCGCGUGCCACCAGGUGGAUUCUCAUCGGGCGGCUUUUGGUAAAAGGAGGGAGGCCGUUUCAAGAGGAGCAGCUGCCAAGCAUUUAAUGACUCACCACGACACCAACACAUCCUCAGCAUCCUCCAACAUAUGCAUACAUAAAACUAUAAAUAUAAUUCGCUUAUAACAUACGUAUACACAAAUACCCAGAGGCGCAUUAACUAUACUCGUACGCAGAUCCCCUAAGAACAUCUCGAUUAUAUUUUAAAAAUCUGUCAGCAAGUUUUGUUCAUAUAUAUCUGUAUCUGUCUUAUCAUCCUUGUUCUCGCCUAAGCCAAAACUUUAACUCGUCUAACGCAAUUGUUAAAUAUUGAAUUAACCAUGACUCCGCCCCCAAAAUUUAACUAAAAAAAAAAGGAAUUUUCUAUUGACUGCUAAAAAUCUACCACCUAGUUUACCAUAUGUACUUACCGUGUCCACAUCGGGAUUCAAAUAGUCUGUAAAUCAGUUCAAAAAAUGAAAUCCUUUUAUAACUAUCUACGUAUUCCAAAAUAAAAAAACUUAAUUAUAAA